CAUGGGGUUGGUCACAAUAGAUUGUGCUUCCAUCAACAGAAAACAGAGGGGCUAACUUUUUGGAUUGUCGCCCACGGGAACUCUUUCUCUCACUCUGUGCCACCAACAUCUGUCCCUCUCUUCCCUUGCCUCGUAGAGGUGGUUUGUCAAGAGGCUCCAUUUACUAAACGAUAGAAGUGAUAGGUGCUCUGCAGCAGGCCUACAAUCUCAGCUCAGGAUGUACAGUUUCAUGGGAGGAGGCCUCUUCUGUGCCUUUGUGGGCAACAUUCUGCUGGUGGUGUCCACUGCCACAGACUACUGGAUGCAGUACCGUCUGUCCGGAAGCUAUGCCAACCAAGGCCUGUGGAGGUACUGCAUGGCCAACAAGUGCUACAUGCAAACCGACAGCAUAGCCUAUUGGAAUGCAACCCGGGCCUUCAUGAUCCUGUCGGGGAUGGCCUGUUUUGCGGGCAUCAUCGCCGGCAUCAUGUCCUUCGCCCACUUCUCCUCCUUUGAGAGAUUCAACCGCUCCUUUGUUGCAGGAAUCAUGUUCUUCGUCUCCACUUUCUUUGUAUUGCUGGCCAUGGCGAUCUACACCGGUGUGACAGUCAACUUCCUGGGAAGGCGCUUUGGUGACUGGCGCUUUUCCUGGUCCUACAUACUUGGCUGGGUCUCUCUCCUCAUGACCUUCUUUGCUGGUAUUUUUUACAUGUGUGCCUACAGAAUGCACGAGUGCAGGAGAGGCAACGGCCCACGCUAGAGGGAGACAAAGAGCCAAAUGAGUCCGAAAGGCCCGUAUCUGGACCACAUGAUGUCAGAGUACAUCACUGUACACCUUCUACCAUAGAGAAGAGUUGUCAGCAUCAGGAAUUAAUAACAAUAAUUAUACCUUGAAUUUAUAUUACUGAUUUUCAACCUUGGUCAUUUUGGUCUAAUUGAUGAGAUGGAGAUAUUUUUAUUGUUGCAAUACAAUAUUUAGCAUCAUUUCGGAAAUAUGUAAAGAGAAAACACAAAUAUAUUUAGUUGAUACAAACAAAUUUAAUGUUUCAAUAAAGUGCCUCUUCUCAUA